CGGCGGCGGUGGCAGCUCCUUUUUUCCUGGGCGAAGAAGGAAGGCAAAGGCUUUCGAAGCACUUUGAAACUUUAGGACUUUUUUCUUAGAGCGAUUACCCAUUCUCGUAGCUAGUGCAUUAAGGCGCGUUCGCGUGUUCCGGUUGCGUUUCGCGAAAUUUGCUGCUGCUGCGACUAGAGUAGACUUUAGAAAAAGCAGAAACGAAGAAGAAGAAGAAAAAUCGAAAACGUUUAAUUGUUUGUAGUUAAAAAUUUGUUGCCUUAUUACGAAUAUUUGCUGAGCCGGCGUUUGAGCGGUGUGGACUAGCUAGCUAGCUAGGUUGAGAGAUCCGUUUGAAUCGUGUUUAAGUGCUACAAGUGUUGGACGAGUUCUAGAACGUGUAAAACUGCACAGAUAGGCAGAUCUUUGUUGGAACUGGAAGUACUCCCGAAGCUCUCGAGUUUCAUUCAAUGAAUUUACCUCCAUUCAGCAGUCGGUGAAGUCUGCUGAGGUUUCGUCACCAACGAAUUCCGAACGAUUGCUAUAGGGUCAGAACUCGGUGGAAUUGCUGCGGUAAGCGGUAAGCGUUGGAUUUCAGCAUAGAUCGCAAGUGUUUAGUGAAGAAAAUUCCAGCAACAACGGUGCUGUCCGUCGCAUCUGCCGUUGCUAUUUCGGAAGGGGAAAUCGGGUGCAGCGAAUAUACCAAGAUUCCCAUCGAAUCUGUGCUAUGCUCUGGUGCCUUACGUGUUGCUGGUGCCAGAUUGAAGUGGUCAAUCCGGUGAGGAUUUCUCGCAGUAAGAAUACGAUCGAAGAACCGCGUUGAAUAUUCAUGAAAAUUGAUUUCGGGUGUCUUCCCAACCUGUUUGUUUGCUUCUCGAUCCGUGCACACUAUCUGUCGCGUUUUCCGUUUCGUUCCGCGUUUCUUUCAUCGUUCGAUGGUUUUUUUUUUGUGAGUGUGUAUACGCUUUGCGCGCGCGAUAGAAUGUAGGAAAGAAAAAAAAGCAUUUCUCGAAGAUUAUGCUUAUUAACACUCUGUUAAUUUGGUGUUCCGAAUCGUGAUUCGAAAAGCGACCUUAGAGCAAGUGAUAAGCAUCUAGAGAAGAUCGAGAAUAUUGAAAGUGAUUAAGUGGUCGACAUUUUUUUUUUGUUCGAAUUUUUUCGCUCCGCAUCGUGUGGGAAAUUGAGAUUAACAGUUUAGAAAAAUCUGCCUUAGACGGUGUCUGUCGGGUGCGGAAGAAAAGCCGGGGUGUGUUCUGUGAGGUGAAGCCAGUGUAGACCAGCCGGUAAAUUUAGUAAAGUGUCAGUUUAGAAACAGGUGACUACUCGCAGCUGAGCUGAUUUAAUAAUUUGUUGUUGUAAAAGGAUAGUGGUAGGAAAGGCAGUUUGAAAGAGGAAAACUGGUGAAUCGAUCGUUGGGUGAGAAGACGGGUCAAAAGUAAGGAAAAAAUCUGCAGAGCGUGUUGCCGGAAACUGAAGGAACGUGAAGGAAUUGCAAUUCGAAGCGCUACUGUUUUACGAGCUCCACACGCAAACGAUUGAGACCAGGGCGGUGGUACGGCUAGGUCGGCUCGGGUUCAGUUCGCAACAGCCACUUCAUGUAUUGAGAGAACGCGUGAACCAGGGGCCGUGAAAAUCCGCCGGUGCGCGGGCCCACAUCAUCCUCCGUUCGAGCUUCCAGAUCGAAGACCCUGGCAGUGGCCGUGGCCAGGGCGGUGGUGGUGGUCGUGGUGGUAGUGGUAGACAGGACGACGACUACGACGACCUGUUUCUUGGCACGAUCGGCGGACUCCGCCAGUGGUGCUGCGCCUGCUCCUGUUACACAAUGACGACCCGUUGGUCCUCACCCAAAUGGUGGAUCUACACGGUUAUCGUAGUGGUGCUGUUGAUUAUAGUGACGUUGAUAGUUAGCUUUAUGCACCACGGUAGUGCUAAUCAGCCCCAACCGGCGCCGCCGGGGGCAGUGGUAGAUAGUGCAAGUGGGACCACACAGAGCGAGGAAGGAGACGGAGUGACGGCCGUGGUUGCCGCCACGGUUACACCCCCGGGAGGGAUCAGUCCCAACAGUAGUGCGCCAGAUGAUGCGAACGUUCUACGGAGGCCGCUGGACGGCAAUUCUACCGCAUCUAGCGCAAGUAAUUUUAGCAUAAAUUUCGACGACGGAAUUCCUCGGUUGCACGAUCCGUCCAAGUCGGAGGUGGUCUUCAUCAAGCCAACGAAAAUCCUGGCACAGCCCCUGCAUGCCGACGAUCUGCUGUACGAUUCCAAAACGGCGAAUCCCGAUGUCCCGGGGGCUCAGAUUGCGCCCAAGUUCCACCGGACCGGACUGUUUCGCAAUCGAUUCUCGCGCAUCUGGGAUCCGCAUCCGGAGUACAAAAUCGACGCGUUUGGUCUCAACAUGCACAUAAUCUUGUGGCACGAUCGCAGCUUUAUGCCUGAAGACAUUAAGGUGACACACGUUUGGCCGAACGAGACGCUCCGGAAACCGGACGACCACUUGGAUCACGCCGGACUGCAGGGUUGCUUCUACAGGGGACGCGUGGUGGGUGAUGAAAAAUCCACCGUCGCCGUAUCACUCUGCGAGGGAAUGAGAGGACACAUUCGUACCUCGAACGGCUCGUUCUUCAUCGAACCGGUGGAGAAGUACUCCAAUGAAGACACCAACAUAUGGCAUGCUCUUUCCCGGGAACGGGGCGUUCCGGAAAUUUUAACCAUCGACGACGAUGUGGUGGAACCGACGGCCAAGGACGCCAGCAGCAAUUGCGCUCUGGACACCAACCAGGAAGAACACGACAAACACUUGGAGAGUAUUGAGUUGACCAACAGCAACAGCGGUAGCCCGACGGGAGAUGGUAGUAAUGACCGUGGCCACAGCCGACACAAACGGAGUACGGCUCAUAUCGCAAACAACGAGUACACGAUCGAGGUACUAGUGGCCGUGGACAAGAAGAUGCAGGCAUACCACCGCGAUACGCUCAAGUCCUACGUGCUGACGUUGAUGUCGAUCGUUUCCAGCAUUUACGCCGAUGCCAGCAUUGGAAAUUCAAUUAAGAUAGCAGUGGUGCAUAUUUUGUACCUCCAUCAGGACCUGGCGGCACGCAGUGCCCUCGAUCUAAACGGCGGUAGCAAAGGCGUGUCCGCUUCCGAGAUGCUGCAGGCGUUCUGUCGGAUUAAGCAGGCUUCCAACUUUCACCACGAUACGGCAUUCCUGCUGACGCGGGAGCAAAUCUGCCGGCACCAGAUGAAGUGCGAUACGCUCGGGCUGGCCGAGCUGGGAACCAUGUGCAAGCGGUCUUCGUGUGCCAUCGUACAGGACAACGGACUAUCGGCGGCGUUUACGAUCGCGCACGAGCUGGGACAUGUACUCAGCAUGCCCCACGACGACGACGUUCGCUGUGGUCCAUUCCGGGGAGAAAGUAGCGCCAAGCAGAACAUCAUGUCACGAAUGCUGGAUCAGAACACCCAUCCCUGGUCGUGGUCGAACUGCUCGCGACACUUCGUCACCGAAUAUCUAGAACAAAACCACGGCAGCUGUAUGCUGGACAAACCAACCACCGAUCUGAUCGAACCCUCGUCCUCGCACACCAAGCUGGCAGGGGAGAAGUUCACCAACAAUCAACAGUGCGAGUUGGUGUUCGGCAAUGGUUCUCGCAUCUGCUCGUACAUGCCGGUUUGCGAGCGCUUAUGGUGCAACAACGGUGAUGAACUGCUCGGUUGCCGAACGCAGCACAUGCCCUGGGCGGAUGGAACCAGCUGUGGCGAAAACCAGUGGUGCCAGAAGGGCAAGUGUGUGCACGUGAAUCGGAAAGCCCUACAACCGCAGGACGGUGGCUGGGGUCAGUGGAGUCCUUUCAGCAAAUGUAGCCGAUUCUGUGGCGGAGGAGUUCAGAUAUCUACCAGAGUGUGCGAUUCACCAUCGCCGGCGAACGGUGGCAGGUACUGCAUUGGCAUGCGAAUGCAGUACAGGUCUUGCAAUACCCACGACUGUCAGAAUAGUACUUUGGACUUCCGGGAGGAGCAGUGUCACGAAUUGGAUGGAAACAAUUUCGAGAUUCCCGGACUGGAGAAGAAUGUCAAGUGGAUUCCGAAGUAUGGGGUCAAGGCGGAGGAUCAGUGCAAGCUGUAUUGUCGGGUGAAGAAUUCAAACAACUACUUUCUGUUAAGAGACAAGGUAAAGGAUGGAACGCCUUGUACGCAUCCACACGAAGGUUACGAUAUGUGCAUCAAUGGCCAGUGUAGGAGGGCUGGCUGUGAUUAUGUGUUCGAUUCUGACGCUAAGUUGGAUAAGUGUGGAAUCUGCCGAGGAAAUAAUGAUACAUGUAGGGAGGUGAACGGUGUAUUUCCGUUCAGCAAAUUCCAUCACAUGAAGCAGAAAAUUGUGCGUAUUCCGCGAGGAGCUACCAACAUUGAGAUCAUUCAGCGAGGUUACACAGAUGAUGGAAAUUAUUUAGCUCUUCGUGACGAGUACAAUGAGUACAUUUUCAAUGCCCCGAAAACCACCGUUGUGUCCGGAUUUAAGAAACGGCUCUUCGCCGGUGUCAUGCUGGAAUACAAUGGACCAGACGAACCGGUGGAAAUAGUUCGAUCCGAUUUCGGUCAUCCUUUGAAGCGGGAUCUGAUUGUGGAAAUCCAUUCCCACACUAAAAUGCGACCCGUAAGCGAGAACAUUGUCGAAUAUAGCUUCACCAUUCCGAUAGAUCGUCCACCGGUGAGUGUGGCCAAAACAGUGCCGACUUACGUUCAACAGUAUCCCAGUCAAAACAGUAUUCCCAACUAUCAGUGGAAGAUGUCCGAUUGGAGCGAAUGCGAUCAGAGUUGCUCGGGUAAGCGACAUCGAACGGCUGGAUGUUACGAUAUCGAAACGGGCAAAGAAAAGUCCAUUUCCUACUGUCAAAAUAGUGCCAAACCGAGGGAAGAUUACGAACCGUGCAAUACGGAGUGCAAAUUUGAAUGGGAAGCAACGAGUUCGGAGUGUUCCAAUUCAUGCGGCGAAGGAGUGAAAAACGUCCAAUAUCAGUGCGUCCAGAGAUACAUCAAGACCCAGCAAACGAAUCCAGUGGAUCCAACGUACUGUGCCAACAUUCGGAAACCGAACACACUAGAGAAGUGCCACGGGCAAUGUCCGGAUGCAACGUGGUCCUACGGUGACUGGGAUCCGUGUUCACGCUCGUGUGGUGGUGGAAGGCAAAAUCGUACCGUCAGCUGUCUGUCGUCUCCGGAUGGAUUCCAGAUAAGCGAAGCUUUCUGCACCAAGCAGCCACUGGAGGAAACCUACCGGCACUGCAACGUCGAAAGCUGCCCCGAGUGGGUCACAGGAGAACUAACACCGUGCUCGGUGACCUGUGGCGAAGGACAGCAACGGUAUGCUAUCUACUGUGUACUAAACAAUGCUAGCGUAAACGCAGCUUUAUGUGGCACCCGUCCGGUGGCUGUAAUCGUCAACUGUACCAUGCCACCCUGCGAGAAGAAGCAAGAACCGCCUGCGUACGCCUACUCGGGGGAAGAAACGAAACCGAUCGCACGGCACGACAACAACUACUAUUCGGCCCUGCACACGGACAUAACCUACAACAACGUGUCCUCGCAUCCGACCAAAUGGUGCACCAGUGUUUGGAGCAUUUGCAAUGCCAAAUGCAACGGAGGCAUCAAACAGCGGAAGGUUCAGUGCUGCUACAAGUACAACGAAUCCAUCGUUGUAGAUGACCAGUACUGUGCCGAAGAGACGAAACCAUCGGAGCAGACCAACUGUGGCAACUUCCGGUGUCCCCAGUGGAACUUUGGCCAGUGGGGUGAGUGCAAUGACGAUUGCAAACGCUAUCGUCAGGUGCUAUGCCAAGAUCACCGAGGCAAGGAAAGUAGCGAAUGCCCACAGAACCAGAAACCACCCGAAGUGGAAUCGUGUUGCCAUUUCAGAUGGAGGAUUACUAACUGGAAGCCUUGUAACGUGACGUGCGGUGGGGGCGAGACCGGCGAGCGCGUCUGUAUGCGUUUAUUCCCGAAAUCCAUCGACAAUCCGCAUCCGGUGAAGACCGGCCGCAAGGUUGAUGCCAAAAACUGUGCUCUCGUGAAGAUCCCAUCGGCCAAGAAGCUUGUACGCAAAUGCAGGCCCUGUCAGUUCCGUUGGGAGGUAUCCCCGUGGUCAAAGUGUUCGGUCGGCUGCGGUUCAGGACUGGCGACUCGCAAUGUCACCUGUAGCAACGGUCGAAGCACGGCCAACGUUUGCGACGUGAAGCACAAGCCAAGUAACGUGAAACCAUGCGAAACGCACAGUUUCUGCCGCUGGAGCACCGGACGAUGGAACAGAUGUAAAUGCGACGGCUUCCAGCGACGCAGCGUCAAGUGCUACGACGAGCUGACCAAGACCGAAUCGAACCGAUGUCCCGAGCCUAGACCACCGCAGAAGAAAAAGUGCUUUCCUACGCCAAACUGUCGGCCGCGGUAUAGCAAAUCGAUCAGUUUCACCUGUCAGGAUGUACAGCGAAACCGGCGAACGAGGAUGGAUGGAGAGUACAUGUUGCACGUGAAGGACAGACCGGUAACCAUCUACUGUCACAAUAUGACGUCGCACGCGCCAACCGAGUAUCUCACGCUGAAGUCAGGUCCGAUCGAGAACUACGCCGUCUACAUCAACAAGCGAGCCUCGAAUGCUGGCAUCUGUUCGCCCUCCUCGUCGGACUGGGACGACGACAGUAUAAGCUACGGAGCGACACACUACCGCAGGAUUCGGUUAAACAUUCACACACUGCAGGUGCUGACGGAUGACAAUCGAUUCACGGAACGUUCCGGGAAACCCCAACCGUAUGGUUCGGCUGGCGAUUGCUAUAGUAACACCGGCCGCUGUCCACAAGGCGACCUGUCGAUCAACCUGGAGAACACCCCGUUCCGAAUACGUCCCCGAACACAGUGGGAAACAAAAGGCGUGAACGCGGUAAUUCAUUUCCUAAUACCGUUGGAAGCACCGUACAAAAAAGUGCGAGCGCGAUGUGGUGGUUACUGUGGUACCUGCUCGGUAUCCAGAAGUAGUGGACUGUUCCUAGAAUUGGUAUAAGAUACUAUACGCAAAUUGCGCGUGCCAGUCAAAUGUUUCAUCCUCCUUAUUAUAUUGCAUCAUUUACCACAACACAUUGCGAAACGAAGAUUCUAUUAUACAAAUGCAUUUUAUUUUAAUUGAAACAACACAUUAAAACGACGAUCAGAGCUGCCACUGACAAAACACACUAUCUAGUGCCAACAUACACACACACUUCAUUAUAAGCAAGAAAGAGUAUUUAUUGAAGUUGUUUUGGACAUCAGCAUUAAUUGUGCAUUAGAUUUAAGGAACAUGCUUUUUCAAAGUUUGAUACUUUUGAAAAAGUUUUUACUGUGCUGAAAAGCGAAACAGCGCGUCAGACAUUUUACGCGUUGCGCAGGACCAACGCAGGUGAUCAAUGUGGUUUGAAAAUGAGCAAAGGCAGUGCUGCCAGCCGAAUAGCAACUAAAGACUGACGGAAGGUUGGAGCUUAUUUAAACGAGUAAUUUACUACGGCUGCGGUAGUGGCGACGGCUAGCUAACAUUUGCUCCACCAGUUGAUUUCCGCGAGAUCCGCACAAAACUGCCUGUUUCAUUGCUCUGUUUUAUCGAGCAAAUUGUGACAGAGCGGACGCUUUUGAUAUUAUUAUACCAGUAAGAGUUAGUGUAACCCGUCUUAUUUAGUCAUCAAUUUUUGUGUGCUUCCGUGUUAGUUUAGUCGACCGCUUGCGAAACGAACAUUAUCCAGGUUCUCUUUGAAAACAGUUGUGUCAAAAUGUGCCUCAGAACGAAAUGAAAAAAGUGCAAUCGAGCCGUUUAGGAGUUCACCAAAGUACAAAAUUUUUGGAAUCUCAAUGCGAGUCUUCUGGAAGACUUAAACUACGAACGAAAAAUACUCAACUAUAGCAUUAAACAAACCGAGAAAAUUCGCAACCUACAACUAAUUCAACCAAUCUCAAAUUAAUAGUAUUAUAACAACCUCCUAAAUGUGGUGCGUUAUUUUUUUUAAACUUGUACUAGAAUAGAGCAAUCAAUUCAGAAAGUGUUCAAUCGAAAACAAAGCAUUGAAUGAGCCACUUUGUGUGGAUAAUCGGACCCCUUGGAUCAGAAAAGUUGGCUAAUGUUCUAAAAAAGCUAUCAAGUUUUUUGUCCUAGAAACCAGCACAAAUUGUUUAGGGAAUCGGACCUAGGUUUAGUGAAACAAGUCGACAAUCUGCCGCCGCGUCAACGUUAACAAUUUGAAAGAAGAAAAAAACAUCUACAAGGAAGCAUCAAACUGCCAUAUUUAGGUGUAAUGUUACAUCCCACUUAGCCCCUCAUCCCAACUCAAUUUUUAGAUGUCGUAAUAUUGUAAACAUAAAAAUGCCACCGCCGAAAGUAAUUGAAACUAUGUUGUUACUAAGAUAAAGCUAUAUACUAAAACUAUUUUAGCGUGUAAGUAAACGGAGGAAAACCAACUAAGCAGUGUUAAAAUAAGCUAUAAAAAGGGAUUAUAACCACUAGAGGGCACAUACCUUUGACUUUGACAUUAAUUACCCCAGGUACACGUAUGUCAAAGUAAUUGGUAACAAUACGCAAGAGUGAGAGCACACUAGUAGUUAUAAUCUCUUCUUACGUAGACGAUGAAAAUUGAUUAUUUUUAUCCAGUCGUCUUGGUAAGAGAUUAUUUUGCAAGCGAACUCAGAAGUCGUUGUUCAAAAAUGUAAUGCGAUAUGAAUAAAUUUGAACGCAUGUUCUUACAUUGUACAAAUCCCAAUACUGGGCAAAAGUAUCAUGAAGCAAACUCAGCAUGUCCAUUAUUGAUUAGAGCUAACUCACAUCUUCAACAACAACGCCUAAUGCCGGGAUCAAACUAUUAGAGCAGCUGAGUAGAUAGCUUUACUUUCGUGUAUGUAUUUGAUAAAAAAGCGAAAAACUCCGCUGUGUUAGUAAACUGUACCCUGUAACUGUAACUGUAAAUAAAACAAAUAAUAUGAUGUAAUCGGAGACACGCUUAGUAAGUUCUGUUUCAUUUCACAAAAAAGGGCAAACCCCAGAAUAUCGAUAAUCCCAUGAUGUGAAACUGCCCCCUAGUGUUGCGCGAAAGCGACCGAGCACAAAAUUCAACUGUGAAAAAUCAAUGGUAUUUUUGUUGAAACAAAUUGUUUAGGCGAAAUAUUUAUUUAUUGAUAAAUUACAAACUAGAUAAUGUUAGCUAAUAAAUAGUAGCACACUUGACGGUGCUUUUGUGUAAUUGUUUGCCAUACAUUUUUUUUAAAAAAAAGGAAAAUGCUACACCACUGCUAUAUUUGCAUUGUAAGGCGUAUUUACCUAUAAGCAUUACGCUUUUUUGUCGAAUGAUUACGACUUACAAUCUGCAGAAAACAGAUUAAACAAAAUAAGUAAAGAGAAGAAAAAGUAUAGCCCAACUCCUCCUACGGUAAUGUUAAAUGUUAUGGAAAUUUGAGAAAAAAAUAAAUACUGUCAAUACAA